GCAUGCUUUCUAGAACCUUCUCUUCCUUUGGAACCUACCCCCCGUUAUAAUGUUAUGGGGAGAGAUAGUCCCUUCAGCCCCACCUGAACCUCGAUUCCCUCGUCCCUAGCCACUGGCUGACAUGGCAGGAGGGGCAGGACACCCACGUUGUGUGCAGACGACAGCUGGGCUCAGGAAGAGAAGGAAGGAUGGGGUGGCCUGGGCCCUGCCCCACUGCACCCCUGCACUCUGAGGCCCCCUAGGGUGGAGGAACAAGGGCCCGUCCAGCUCACUCAGCUCCUUUUCCAUGGCCCCAGCCCCGGUUCCCUGAUGAACCUGUGAGUGUGAAGAGUUGCUGUUGCCCCCAGGGGUGCCCCUGUCCUGGAGUGACCCCAGCCCACCCCAAGCAUGGCGUCGGACACCCCCGAGUCCCUGAUGGCCCUGUGCACCGACUUCUGCCUGCGCAACCUGGAUGGCACCCUGGGCUGCCUGCUGGACAAGGGGACCCUGCGGCUGCGGCCUGGCAUCUUCCUGCCCAGCGAGAUCUGCGACCGGCUGGUCAAUGAGUAUGUGGAGCUGGUCAAUGCUGCCUGUAGCUUUGAGCCACACGAGAGCUUCUUCAGCCUCUUUUCGGACCCCCGCAGCACUCGCCUCAGCCGCCUGCAUCUCCGUGAGGACCUGGUGCAGGACCAGGACCUGGAGGCCAUUCGCAAGCAGGACCUGGUGGAACUGUACCUGACCAACUGUGAGAAGCUCUCCGCCAAGAGUCUUCAGACGCUGCGCAGUUUCGGGCCCACCCUGGUGUCCCUGAGCCUCUUCGGGUGCGCCAACAUCUUCUAUGAGGAGGAGAACCCGGGGGGCUGCGAGGACGAGUGCCUGGUGAACCCCACGUGCCAGGUGCUGGUCAAGGACUUUACCUUUGAGGGCUUCAGCCGCCUACGCUUCCUCAACCUGGGCCGCAUGAUCGACGGGGUGCCCGUGGAGUCCCUGCUGCGGCCCCUACGCGCACUCGCUGCCCUGGACCUGUCGGGCAUCCAGACGAGCGACGCCGCUUUCCUGACCCAGUGGCAGGACAGCCUGGUGUCCCUUGUUCUCUACAACAUGGACCUGUCAGAUGAACACAUCAGGGUCAUUGUCCAGCUGCACAAGCUGCGGCACCUGGACAUCUCUCGAGACCGCCUCUCCAGCUACUACAAGUUCAAGCUGACUCGCAAGGUGCUGAGCCUUUUCGUACAAAAGCUGGUCAACCUCAUGUCGCUGGACAUCUCGGGCCACAUGAUCCUGGAGAACUGCAGCAUCUCCAAGAUGGACGAGGAGGCGGGGCAGACCAGCACUGAACCCUCCAAGAGCAGCAUUACCCCCUUCCGGGCUCUCAAGAGGCCACUGCAGUUCCUGGGGCUCUUCGAGACCUCACUGUGUCGCCUGACGCACAUCCCAGCCUACAAGGUGAGUGGUGACAAGAAUGAGGAGCAGGUGCUGAACGCCAUCGAGGCCUACACAGAGCAUCGGCCCGAGAUCACCUCGCGGGCCAUCAACCUGCUCUUUGACAUUGCGCGCAUCGAGCGCUGCAACCAGCUGCUACGGGCCCUGAAGCUAGUCAUCACGGCCCUCAAGUGCCACAAGUAUGACAAGAACAUCCAGGUGACAGGCAGCGCGGCCCUCUUCUACCUGACCAACUCGGAGUACCGCUCGGAGCAGAGUGUCCGGCUGCGGCGCCAGGUCAUCCAGGUGGUGCUCAACGGCAUGGAGUCCUACCAGGAGGUGACGGUCCAGCGGAACUGCUGCCUGACCCUGUGCAACUUCAGCAUCCCCGAGGAGCUGGAGUUCCAAUACCGGCGUGUCAACGAGCUGCUGCUGAGCAUCCUCAACCCCGCCCGGCAGGACGAGUCCAUCCAGCGCAUCGCCGUGCACCUGUGCAAUGCCCUGGUCUGCCAGGUGGACAACGACCACAAGGAGGCUGUGGGCAAGAUGGGCUUCGUGGUGACCAUGCUGAAACUGAUCCAGAAGAAGCUGCUGGACAAGAUCUGUGACCAGGUGAUGGAGUUCUCUUGGAGUGCCCUCUGGAACAUCACUGAUGAGACCCCGGACAACUGCGAGAUGUUCCUCAACUUCAACGGCAUGAAGCUCUUUCUGGACUGCCUGAAGGAGUUCCCGGAAAAGCAAGAGCUGCACCGCAACAUGCUGGGUCUCCUGGGGAACGUGGCGGAGGUGCGGGAGCUGCGGCCCCAACUGAUGACGUCCCAGUUCAUCGGGGUCUUCAGCAACCUGCUAGAGAGCAAGGCCGACGGGAUUGAGGUGUCCUACAAUGCCUGUGGGGUCCUGUCUCACAUCAUGUUUGACGGGCCCGAGGCCUGGGAGCUGUGCAAGCCACAGCGGGAAGAGGUGGAGGAGCGCAUGUGGGCCGCCAUUCAGAGCUGGGACAUCAACUCGAGAAGGAACAUCAAUUACAGGUCCUUUGAGCCCAUCCUCCGCCUACUCCCACAGGGCAUCUCUCCUGUGAGCCAGCACUGGGCCACCUGGGCGCUGUACAACCUCGUGUCUGUCUACCCGGACAAGUACUGCCCCCUGCUGGUCAAAGAAGGUGGCCUCCCCCUGCUGAGGGACGUGCUCAAGAUGGCCACGGCGCGGCAGGAGACCAAGGAGAUGGCCCGCAAGGUGACGGAGCACUGCUGCAACUUUAAGGAGGAGAACAUGGACACAUCCAGAUAGAGGCCGCGCCAGGCCACUCUGCCUUCCGGAGGCGCCUCCCAGCGCUUCCCCCCUGGACCCAGGGACACCGGGACUUUGCACAACUGACGCUUUUCUUUAACAUUAGUGAGAUAUAUAUAUUAUAUAUAUAUUAUUUUUUUCUUUUGGGUUAGGAAGUGUGAAGUUUUGUGUGUACAAUUUCUGUACAAAAAAAAAAAAAAAAACCCACAAACAAAAGACAAACGUGACAUUCCCCAAGUCCUCGCAGCUUCCUGGGUGCCGACUCCAGCUCUCAUCGCUGCCACAUGCUCUGCCCCACUCCUCUAGCGCCUGGAGCCUCGUGCGUGUCUCCCACCACCUCUCAGGAGUCCUCUGCCCCCAUACUCCCACCUAGAACCCCAUCCAGGUGUCUGGG